GAUGAUCAGUAUAACUCUACCAACUCUACAACAAUGGUAGCAACACGUAGAAAUGCAAAAUUAGACAAAGACAAAGAUGGUCAAAUGAAAAUGGUAGAUUCAAAAGAACAAAAGUCAAAAUAUACAAAAGAUAACGGUCAAAAGGAUAUGGGGAAUGAAGACGCAAACGGAAAUGAGGAAAAGAAACGACCCAACCCUGAUCAAGAAAACAAAGAUGAACCUCCCAAUAAAGCUGUCAAAAUAAACGAUGCUGAACCAGAACCGAUCGAAAACAAAACCCUGAGCCCUGGCAAAGAAGAUUCAACGGGUGAUGAAGAAGGCAACUUCAAAGUACUCGAACAAGGACUAUUGUACUUCUUCUAUCGUCCAAAAGUACAAUCUGCAGAUGAUGUAGAAACAAGCGGAAAAGCAGCAACUUCGAUCGAUGACGUUCAAAGUACUCAUCUCUUACUCGUACCCGCUAAAAGUGACAGUGAAAAUGCACCUCCAACAAACAAGCAUGAAAAUGGCGAAAAUGAUCAAAACAAUUAUUCGGGAACAAGUGGUGAAAAAGCCAGAAAAGAAGGCGUUGGCUUUCGAUUGAUCCGCUUGGGUAAGAAACGAAUGCCUGCUCCCGAAGAGGCCAUCAAGAAAGGUUUACAGCCUGGCGGAAUUGGAGGUGAUGCAAGUGAGGCAAUCUGGUCAGUCGUGUCUGAUAUCGGAUCACGACCAGCAGGAAGAGGGCGAUAUGCAAUCGUUUUCCAUGAACUACAACCGCCUAGCCGCUCCAACGUUCGAUUGACAUAUGCUCUCUCUCAUCCUACCGAAAUUGGUGACGUUCAAACAGAGCUGGGAAUAGCAUUAUCGGGAAGUGUUCGACUUUCUAUGCGCAAUCCAACGCUUCCACAAACCGGUCAAGGUGCACCACCUGCAGGAUUACCCGAAGAAGAUCGAGUUGAAAUGAAUAAAGAUGAACUGAAAGAAGCAUUUGGUGGAAAGACGGACGAAGGCGGUACACGUUAUACGGAUCCCGAUCAGAUCAAAUGGUUAAAUCGAGAAGGCGUUGAAUUAUUGAUGAAUCGAGAAAGGAAUCAAUCUAAAGAAGCGGGUGCACAUACUGGAGCAUCUGAAGAACAAGCCAAAGCGUUGGAAGGAACGGCAAAAGAAGAAGGUGAAAGAAUGAAGAUGGAUGAUGUGAUGAAUGAAUUGCAUCUAUCCUCCAAGACCAAUCCUGCUGAUGCUUUUGACGGUACUUGGAUUUAG